UGUUUAUUUACUCGUCGGAGUCCUUCCUUCUUCCGCUAUUAAAUAGAGAGAGGAUUCUCUCCGUCUGUCUGCUCAAAUCUACCGGCUUUCCCCUGGAAUCCAAUCCUUCCACAGUCUCCUCUUCCUUCUCCGGGGGAUUGCUGGGCAGAUUCUUUUCGUGCUUUCUUGUUGUCAGAUUGAAUCGGAGCUGCAAAAUUUGCAUUUUCUUUCAAUCGGAGCAUCAAUUUCUCCCUCUCCGGCGAUGGGUCUGUCGGCGGAUUCUCAGACCAGUGGAGGCGGAAAUGGGACGUGGAGUGGUUUCCGGAGCUUGGUGCGGAGGAAGCAGGUCGACUCUAUUCACGCCAGGUCGCGGUCGGGCCACCAGUUGGCCAAGGAAUUGUCCGUUCUUCACCUGAUCGCCAUCGGUGUGGGCUCUACGAUUGGCGCUGGAGUAUAUAUUCUUGUCGGGACUGUUGCUAGAGAGCAUUCAGGACCAUCACUCGCCAUUUCAUUCUUAAUAGCUGGGAUAGCUGCAGCCCUGUCAGCCUUUUGCUAUGCCGAGCUUGCGAGCCGUUGCCCAUCUGCUGGAAGUGCCUACCAUUAUUCAUAUAUUUGCGUCGGAGAAGGUGUUGCUUGGCUGAUUGGUUGGGCGCUCAUACUGGAAUACACCAUUGGUGGUUCUGCAGUGGCUCGUGGCAUCUCCCCGAAUUUGGCAUUGCUCUUUGGUGGAGCGGACAGUCUUCCUACAUUUUUAGCCCGCCAAUAUAUUCCUGUGAUUAACAUGGUGGUGGAUCCUUGUGCUGCGCUCCUAGUAAUUAUCGUUACUGGGUUAUUGUGUGUAGGAAUCAAAGAGAGCACUGCAGCACAAGGCAUCGUCACGACUGCAAAUGUAUGUGCUAUGAUGUUUGUCAUUAUUGCUGGCGGGUACCUUGGUUUCAAGACUGGAUGGGCUGGAUAUGAACUUCCUACUGGGUAUUUUCCAUUUGGUGUGGAUGGGAUGCUUGCUGGUUCUGCAACAGUCUUCUUUGCCUAUAUUGGCUUCGACUCUGUUGCCAGCACUGCUGAAGAGGUGAAGAAUCCCCAACGAGAUUUGCCUCUAGGCAUAGGGUUUGCCCUUUCAAUAUGUUGUGCCCUCUACAUGAUGGUGUCAGUUGUAGUUGUUGGUCUUGUACCUUAUUAUGCAAUGGAUCCUGACACCCCCAUUUCAUCUGCAUUUGCCAGCCAUGGGAUGCAAUGGGCAGCUAUCAUUGUCACAAUUGGAGCUGUUACUGCCCUCUGUUCGACGUUGAUGGGUUCGCUUCUCCCUCAGCCUCGGAUUCUGAUGGCAAUGGCCAGAGAUGGAUUGCUACCUUCUUUCUUUUCAGAGGUGAAUAAACGGACCCAAGUCCCUAUCAAGAGCACAAUUGCUACUGGUUUUGGUGCUGCAACCCUAGCAUUCUUUAUGGAUGUUUCACAGUUGGCUGGGAUGGUCAGUGUGGGUACUCUUCUAGCAUUCACCAUGGUAGCAAUAUCUGUGCUGAUUCUGAGAUAUGUUCCUCCUGAUGAGGUACCACUUCCACCGUCACUUCAGGAGUCAAUCGAUUCUCUCACAUUGCGAUUGAGCACACAAGAUGCUAUUGGGAAGAGUUUCCAAGUUCCUGCUGGCACUUCUGAGGAUAGUAAACAGCCUUUACUUGAGGGAAAGGAAGUCUCAGUUGAGUGUCCUCUUAUUGUGGAAAAAGCUCUUUUCAAUUAUGUCAUCACUGAGAAGAAGAGGCGAAAAAUUGCUGGCUGGACAAUAAUGUUCACUUGUGUAGGGGUGUUUGUCCUAACAUAUGCAGCCUCAAGUUUGGGACUUCCUAGCUUGGUUCGUUAUUCAUUGUCUGGAAUUGGUGGUGGUCUUCUUUUGGGUGGACUGAUUGUGCUGACCCUCAUCGAACAAGAUGAUGCAAGGCACAGCUUCGGUCACUCGGGAGGUUUUAUUUGCCCGUUUGUUCCCCUUUUGCCCAUUGCUUGCAUACUCAUCAAUGUCUACUUGCUGAUCAACCUCGGAGGUGCGACAUGGGCCCGGGUUUCUGUGUGGCUAUGUAUUGGGGCUCUUGUGUACAUAUUCUAUGGUCGGACCCACAGCUCGUUAACAGAUGCAGUGUAUGUUCCAACGGCCCAUGCCGAUGAGAUUUAUCGCAGUUCUGGAGACUCUUUGGCUUAAUUCAUCAGUGAUUCAUCAAAAGAAUCGUCAGCAGACCAUCGCCAACGUUAGUCUUUCUGGUCUGAGGCAGCUUCCUUCGACUCCAUGCCCUCCAUGUAUAAGUCACCGAAUCUGUUCAACCUGUGGUUGAUUCAUCGGUCUUAACUGUCUGUCUGUCUGUAUAGUAUGAUCCUAUCGGAAGAUCAGUCGUGGGGUUGGAAUUGUCUGAUGUAAAUAUGGUUACGUCUCAAGGAAGAAGCUGCUUUUAUUCUUUGAAUCCUCAGGAUUGCAGGUAGUGUUUUGUGUCGAUUUGAUUGGAUAAGGUUGUAAGGUCGAUGAUGAACUUUUCAAUUUGUAAAUAAGCGUCGGCUGAUUGCUCUCAAUAUAUGACGAAGAUAUUAGAAAUAUUUGUAUCA